AAGAAGCAAAAUAGAGAUAAGAGAGAGAAAGCAAUCGACGGCCUCUUCGUAUCUCCCUCAACCUUUUUCCCCUCUUUUUCUUCUUCUCCCUCUCACCAAAUCAGCCAAUCCUGGAGAUUGAGGAGGCAAAUCAAAGGCCCCUGCAAACCGACCUUGCAUUGCUUGCCCAGCAGCAAGUCCUUUGUUUCCCGACCCAAGAGAGGGUUCUCCGUCGCCAUCCACGGUGGCUCCGACAACUGGGUUUUCUCCCCGGUACCGGUGGAACCGAGACCAAUUUCUCCUCGCCUAGAAACAACCUCGCCGCCGCGAAUUCCGAACAGGAUCAGGCUCCCAAAGACGGUGGGAUGUCUCCUCAAUCGUCGCCGGCGAAGAAGAAGAAGAAGAAGAAGAAGGCUCGGGCUGCAAGUUCCUGCGCUGGGUUUCUGAUUUUGUUGGGGAUUUGAGAUGGGUUUCAAUGGAGAAGACUAUGGUGGGAAUGAGAAUUCCGUGGAAGAGAAUUUGGGCGGAGACAAGAUGAAAACAUAGAAUUUUUUAUCGAUGAAGUGAAAACAGAGGCGGAGGCGACUGAGAGCGACGACGGCGGUUGGAAUCCCAUUUCUUGGGACAUGUGGUCUUGGAAAGCCAUUCUUCCUCUGUUUCGCUGAAAAUUUCACAGUAGCAGUAGCAACAUUAAUUUGUUCAGUCGACAGAGAGAGAGAGAGAGAGAGAAAGGGAAGGUAGAAAGAUGGGAGUCGAAGAAUUGAAGAAGGAGAAGGAACUACGACGGAAGAGGAGAAGUGGGUAAGGGCGCGUUUGCGGAAUUUUCAGUGGUGUCGGUCGGAUGUGGGGUUUGGGCCAUUUUUGUUUCUAUUUUUUUUUAUUUUUUCAUUAAUCUAUGUGGCAAUGUUGUUUUAAAAUGCCACCAACUCAGCAAACCCGUUAGUCUAGUCAGCCUGUUACUUAACACCGUCAAAGAAUUGGAUG